UCUUGUCCCCUCCCCUCUCUCUCUGUCCGGCUCGCGGUGAGUACAGGCUGGAGCCGGGGGACUAUCCGAGCGCCAUCGCCGCCAUCCUCGGGCCCGACCGCACGCGCCAGCCCGCGAUCGCACCGGCCGCCGCUAACGGUCACCCUCUGCUUUGUAUUGCAGCGCGAAACCGCCGCCUUCCGGCGCUACUAGACCCGCAGCGCGAUGGCCGAGGAAUGUAUAACGGCAGGUGGUGUCAUGGAUGUGAAUACUGCACUUCAGGAAGUGUUGAAAACAGCAUACAUCCAUGAUGGCUUGUGUUGUGGUCUCCGAGAGGCUGUCAAGGUACUGGACAAGCGACAGGCUCACUUGUGUGUCCUGGCAGCCAAUUGUGACGAGGCACAGUAUGUUAAAUUGGUAGAAGCACUCUGUGCUGAGCAUGGGAUCCACCUGAUGAAGGUUGAUGACAACAAGAAGCUCGGUGAAUGGGUAGGACUUUGCAAAAUAGACCGAGAAGGGAAGCCCCGCAAGGUUGUAGGCUGCAGCUGUGUUGUUGUCAAGGAUUAUGGGAAAGACUCUCAAGCCAAGGAUGUCAUUGACAAUUAUUUCCGAGGAAAGUGAUAUAUUUCAUAAAUAAAAAGGAAAAUUUA